AUGAGUGAAACUCCUACUAGUUGUUCCAUGAUUCACCCAACUUCUUCUGAAGGUCAAGUUUCUUUUCCUCGCCAUUUAAGCGUCACUCAUCCAGUCGUGGCCAAACGGAUCAGCUUCUACAAGAGUGGAGAUCCCCAAUUCAGCGGAGUCAGAGUCGUGGUCAAUCCUCGCUGUUUUAAGACCUUUGAUGCUUUGCUGGACAACUUGUCCCGGAAGGUGCCCCUGCCUUUUGGGGUGCGGAACAUCAGCACCCCUAGGGGAAGGCACAGCAUCACGAGGCUGGAGGACCUGGAGGAUGGCGAGUCCUACCUGUGCUCUCAUAGUAAGAAGAUGCAGCCAGUGGAUCUGGACAAAGUGCGCAGGUGCCCGCAGCCCUGGCUCAGCAGCCGCGCCCUGAGCUCUCGUGUGCCCCGCUCUUCAGCCCGGGCUGCGGCUCCCGGCAUGCCUCACCCUCCGCGGAGGCUCAUGGUCUUCAGGAAUGGCGACCCGAAGACGAGGCACAUGGUGCUUCUCAGCAGGAAGGUCACCCAGAGCUUUGAGGCCUUUUUGCAGCACCUGACGAAGGUCAUGCUGUACCCAGUGGCCAAACUGUAUGCUACAGAUGGAAGGAAGGUUCCCAGUCUCCAGGCAGUAAUCCUGAGCUCUGGAGCAGUGGUGGCAGCAGGAAGGGAGCCAUUUAAACCAGGAAAUUAUGAUAUCCAAAAGUAUUUGCUUCCUGCUAGAUUACCAAGGAUCUCUCAUCGUGUGUACCUGAAGGGAAAUGCUAAAUCAGAAAAUAAAAAGAGUGGUAACUGGAAAGUUUCCAUAAUCACCAGUGACUUGCCAAAUGCAGGGACCAGCUCACAGGUUUAUAUUGUAUUAUAUGGACAAUAUAGAAGUUCUGCCCCCAUAUAUCUUUAUGGAACAGAUGGAGUUCGAUUUCAGGAUGGCCAAAAAGACAUCUUUACUAUCACAGUUGGAGAUAUUGGAACACCCUUUAAAAUCCGUAUUGGUCAUACCAACUGUGGUCCGUCCCCUUCCUGGCACUGUAAGGAGAUACAGUUACAGAACAUGAAUUCUAGAAAAGAGUUUUAUGUACCUGUUCAACGAUGGUUGGCACAAGAUCAAGAGGAUGGGGGAAUCUGUCGAGAAUUUCCUCUUUUCAAUAAAGGACAGUCCAUCCUUCCAGUGACAGUAUACGAAGUGCAUGUGGCAACGGGUAAGCUAUGGAAUGCUGGAACAGUAGCAAAUGUCUACAUUUCUAUCUGUGGGGAAAAGGGAGAUACAGGAUCCAGACAACUUUUUACAUCAAAGAGUUCAUGUAAUUUUUUAAGAGGACAAACUGAUACCUUCUUCCUAGAAGCUGUUCAUCUUGGAGAUUUGUACAAAAUUGUUAUAGGUCAUGAUGGACUUGGCCCAGGAAAUGGGUGGUUUCUUGAUGAUGUUGUAGUCAAGGAUCCCACAACAAGUGAUGACUAUGCCUUCUUCUGUCACAGAUGGCUGGAUCAAGGGGAAGAUGAUGGUAAAAUAGUCAGAGAAUUAUAUGUCAGGGAUAACAGUAUCUCCUCUGCAAGGCAGAAGGUCGAACUUCAGAGAAAAAAAACAUGGGCUGCAGAGAGCUGGAAAUUUAUGAAAGGAAAUACUCUUCAGUUCUACAGUAGACUGACUAGGGGCUUUGUUCGUCUGCAUCCGGAUGGCACAGUUGAUGCUAAUGGAGAAAAGACAGAUAAAUAUGGUCUUUUUGAUGUAGUUUUCAACAAAGGAAAUAUAUGCAUUUUUCAAAGUCAUGAGAUGAGGCAUCUUUUUCUUGCCGUUGAUAAUGGCUCUGUCACUGGAAUGGCUGGUGGUGGAGCCCCCACUGAAUGGCGGGUGCUUUAUCAGCCCAGCCGUUCCGCGCUGCUGGAGUCAGUAAUGGUUCCCGGUCACACAGUGAGUUUUAAUCGUCAUGGCAAAAUAGCUGAUGAGUCAUCAGCAGGCUAUGCAGACCUUUCAAAAGAAUUUGUGAUUUUUGUGAAGGGAGUGUUCCACAACAGUGCUGUGGUUCUACUUGCCACAAGCCUAUGUCAGGCCCUGUGUCUACAGCCUGAUGGGACCUGCACUGGAUCAGGAAACCAGUCUGAGAAAUCUUACUGGAAAGUACAUAAAAUCAGCUCUGGGAUUUGCAUGUUUGAAAGUGUAAAAAAUGCACGGAUGUACCUAAGGAUUAAGGAUGGCCAGUGUGACGGAGCAGGUACUGGAGACAAUGACUGUCAUUUUAAAAUUAAGAAGAACUUGGAAAAUGCAUCUAUAAGCCUGGAAUCUACAAAGAGUCCUGGGUUGUUUAUUGGACUUCAGCCAGAUGGACGAGCAAAGCCAGUCAUUUACACCAAGGAUGAGAAUGUUUGCUUCUAUCCACAAGUCAUUCAAUUUGGCAGAGAAAACCCAAUGGGAUUGUCUGCAACACCCAGCCAAAGGGGAAAAAAGAUCCAAGAGUCAAAAAACCAUAAAGAAUCACAAGAAGAAUCUGAGGCUAGCAGUCUCUUAAUCUCUGCAGCUGCAAAAGAAACCAGACAUUCCCAAAGUAGAGAAACUCUUUCGUCAGAAGAUAAAUGGAAGGUGUUAGUGCUGACAGGAAAUACAGGAACUCAGGCCAGUGUCACACUCUGGGUGUAUGGAGAUGAAGGAGUCACUGGACCAGUAAGUCUUAACAAGGACAGCCCAGAGCAGCUCUUCCUUCCAAGACAGGAGGAUGAAUUUCAGGUUGAAAUAAAAAACAUUGGAGAGAUAUACAAGAUAAGGAUAGGAACAAGUGGAAGACCUGAAUGGAGCCUACAGAGGGUAACCAUGCAACAUAUAAAGAGCAAGAAGAUUUUAGAUUUUGUAGCAAAUGCAUGGGUGUCUCAGAUCCAAGCAGAUGGAGAUUUUGUUUGUGAGCUUCCUGUAAUCAAAGAAGGACAACCUAUUUUUCCAGAGCACCUUUCCUCUGUAGUGUCCUGCUGCUAUGCUGUUUCUGCUUUGGAGCCAAUCAACCAUGUAAUUGAUAAAUUUGAAGUAGAAGCAGUGUCACUUGGAAAACUGCAGAAGGUGCUGUUGCACUGUGAGGCCAAUGAUGAAUCACAGUACUGGUACUGUGAAAAGGUUGUAGUCAGAGAACCCAGUACAGCAUCUGAGUCCAUCUUCACCUGUGAAAGGUGGAUUCCCUUUAUGUCUCAAGGAAUAAUUUAUUCAGAAAUUGAACUUUACCUUCAAGAAAUGCAAAUAAAUCAUCAAGAGGAAGCAAAUGAUGGGGACUGGAAGGUGACUGUUGCCACUCGGGAUCUUGAAAAUGCUGGCACCACGGCAACAGUAUUUCUUUAUGUCUAUGGAGAAACAAGAUGUUCAGGUCCUAUUAUUUUGGGGUCUGGAAAACACCAGCUGUUUAACCCCAACAGUGCAGAUACAUUCAAGAUUAAUCUUGAAGGAAUUGGUGAAAUCUAUAAGAUACGCAUCGGCCAUGACAACAGCGGGAAGAACCCCAAAUGGUACCUGGAUGAAGUUAGAUUUGAAAAUAUGGCCACAUUUGAGCUGUUUUGUUUAACUGUUGAUUCCUGGAUAGCUGAGGAUGAAAAUGAUGGUGAUAUAUGGAAAGAAAUGCCCAUUGUGACCACUAAUAAAGUGCCACUACCAGUGGUGGUGUAUGAAAUUCACGUAUACACUGGCUCAAAGCCGGGGUCAGAAACAGAGUCUAAUGUAUUUAUCAACCUCAUCGGCACCAGAGGAGAUUCGGGAAAACGCAGGCUUCAUCAGUCCAAACGCAACAAAGCCAGGUUUCGGCGUGGACAGAUUGAUGUUUUUUCCAUUAAGGCUGUAUCUCUUGGAAAAUUGAAGAAAGUUCGGGUUAGUCACGAUGGGACAGGUCCAGGUAAUGGAUGGUUUCUUGAGAAUAUUAUUGUUAAGUCUGAAGAGGGAGAUAGCAGUCAAGAUGUGCUAUUUUCAUGCAACAGGUAUCUUGAUGAGUACCAGGAUGAUGGCAAAACAGAGCGGGAACUGCUGGCAGAAAGUGACCAUGGUGGUGGUGGAAGGAUGGGGUCUGCUGUCUCCUGAAAGUAUCCACUUGGAGCUGUUGCUCUGCUUUACUUUCUGUGACUAUCGAUCUGAUUGAGAUCACCUAUUUUCUAUUUGCUGGAAAUGGAGAAAAUAACUGG